AUGGACGCACGUUAUGCCAACGAGGUCCGGGAUAACCUUGCCAACCCACCAACGGCCAACCUCUAUGAACACCUGAAGACUGCACUUAUCCGCCGCCUUUCGCUCUCGGAAGAACAGAAGAUACGACAACUUCAGUCCGCAGAGCUUGCUGAGCGCAAACCUUCAGCGCUCCUGCGCCACAUGCGUGCGCUCGCGGGCAACAUGCAAGCCCAGGAUUCUUUCCUGCGAGCGCUUUGGCUCCAACGACUCCCGCCGCACGUCCAGGCAAUUCUGCAAGCUCAGAUUAGUGUACCUCUCAACGAACUUGGGGAGAUUGCUGAUCGCUUCAUCGAGGCCUCCUUGCCGCAGUUGUCGCCCACCAACCAGUCUGUCGCCGCACCGCUGAACACGACAGAGCUUGCGCGCCGUAUCGACGACAUCGAUCGACAGCUCACCUCCAUUCAACGACACCUGGGUGAACGUCUUCCGAUGCAACAGCGCUGCCACUUACAAAGCCGCGACCUUAACACCAGUUCGUUCCGGCAACCUGAUAACUACGGCCCGUGUUACUACCAGCGACGCUUCGGGGACAGAGCCCGGCAAUGUCAUCCACCCUGUUCCGUGGACACGCGGAAAACUCCAACGGCAGCUUGUAGAGACGGCCGCAAGCUGCCAACCCGGAGGCCGUCGCAUCUUCGUCACCGACCAAAUCACGAAGCAGCGGUUCCUUGUCGACAGCGGUUCCGACAUUUGCUGCUACCCGCGAUCCAUCUUCAAGAUCCUCGUCCGCCUACGUCUUUCGAGCUCAGUGCGGCAAACCGCUCCACAAUCAAGACGUACGGCUCCCUCCGCCUGCACAUCCAGCUCAGAAAUUUACGCCAUGACCUUCACUGGAACUUCGUCACCGGCGACGUCGCCGAGCCAAUCAUCGGCUCAGACUUUCUGGCCCACUACAAACUCCUUCCGGACUGCCGCAACGACCUCCUCAUCGACGCGACAGCGGGACACUCCACACCAGGCCAGCGAACGACCGCUCAACAGCCAAGCAUCAAGGUACUCAGUGUUUACAAUCAUUCGGCGUACCACGCCAUCGUCGCCGAAUUUCCAGGAUUGACGCGCCCCAGCGGACAGCCACGCAAAGUGCAGACCACUUCAGGCCACCCGGUUUUCUGCCGCGCCCGUCGCUUUGCCCCGGACCGCAUGCACAUAGCCAAAGCAGAGUUCGAGGCCAUGCUCCGCGAAGGAAUCGCCCGCCGCUCUGACAGUCCAUGGGCCUCGCCACUCAGCCUUGUGCCGAAGAAGACCGAAGGCUGGCGGCCCUGUGGGGACUACCGUGCCCUCAACGCGCGCACCAUCCCGGACAGGUACCCCGUCCACCACAUACAGGACUUCGCCCAUGGCAUUCAUGGCUGCCACGUGUUCUCCGUGCUAGACUUGGUGAAGGCCUAUACACAGAUACCCGUCAAUCCGGAUGACGUCCCGAAAACGGCAAUCAUCACUCACUUUGCCUUGUUGGAGUUUCCCUUCAUGAGCUUCGGCCUGAGGAACGCAGGACAAACAUUUCCGCACUUCAUCGACGAAGUAGUCCGCGGCCUCGACGUCUGCUUCGUUUACCUGGACGACAUACUGGUAUUUUCCCGCGACGCCGAAGAGCACCACAGGCACCUUCGUAUGCUGUUACAACGUCUCGAUGACCACGGCCUACUCGUCAAUGUCCAAAAAAGCACGCUAGGCGCUUCCGUCGUCCGCUUCCUCGGCCACGAAGUUUCCAUCUGA